GUCUAUCUGGUUGGGCGGGAACGACAUUCUGGUGCUCUCGCGAUAUUGGAUUUGGACGUUUUUAGUUCGUCCCCGAGGUUAGGCGAACCGACUUCGUUGUGCUUUUUGUAGAGAAAAAGCUGCAGUGAUGUCUGGGAAGGAAGAUUCGUAUAUUGUUAGAGUACGGGGUCUGCCCUGGUCAUGCACAACAGAAGAAGUUUUGAAGUUUUUUUCAGAUUGUGACGUUGUAAAUGGAGAAGAUGGAGUACACUUUACACUCUCAAAAGAGGGACGCCCAAGUGGUGAAGCUUUCAUAGAGUUGGAUAGUGCGGAAGACUUCAAGAAAGCAUUGGCAAAAGAUCGCAAAUAUAUGGGCCAUCGAUAUAUAGAGGUUUUUAAGUCAAAUAGUAGUGAGAGGGACUGGGUUGUAAAUCACAGUGGUCCAAACGAGACAGGCAAUUCUAGCGAUGGAACAGUACGUCUACGUGGACUUCCAUUUGGCUGUAGCAAAGAAGAAAUUGUUCAGUUCUUCACAGGGUUGGAAAUCCUGCCAAAUGGGAUAACAUUGCCGAUGGACUACCAGGGGAGAAGCACAGGGGAGGCCUUCGUGCAGUUUGCUUCAAAGGAGAUAGCAGAAAAGGCUCUGGGGAAACACAAGGAAAGAAUAGGGCACAGGUACAUUGAGAUCUUUAAAAGUAGCCGAAGUGAGAUAAGAGGAUACUAUGAGCCACCCAGACGGUUGCUAGGAGGAGGUGGUGGCGGUGGUGGUGUUCAGCGACCUGGACCAUAUGACAGACCAGUUGGAGCAAGAGGUGGUUACUUUGGAGCAGUUUCUGGACCUGGUCGAGGAAGCAUGUAUGACAGAAUGCGGCGUGGAGGUGGUGGCCCAGGCGGGUAUGGUGGUGGUUAUAGCAAUUUUGAUGACUUCAAUGGCUACAAUGACUAUGGCUAUGGGAACAGUGGGUUUGAUGACAGAAUGCGAGGUGGUAGAGGUAUGGGUGGCUUUGGAGAAGGAGGCUCUGGGUUUCAAGGUGGUGGACACUUUGUCCAUAUGAGAGGCUUGCCAUUUCGUGCUACCGAGCAUGACAUUGCCCAUUUCUUUUCUCCUCUAAAUCCAAUAAGAAUUCAUAUUGAAACCGGGCCAGAUGGCAGAGCAACUGGAGAAGCAGAUGUGGAAUUUGCAACACAUGAAGAUGCUGUAGCUGCCAUGUCCAAAGACAAGAAUAACAUGAAUCAUCGGUACAUUGAACUCUUCCUAAAUUCUACCGCAGGAAGUUCAGGAAUGGGUUAUGGACGAGAUGGAAUGGGUAAUCAGGGAGCAUUUGGACCAAGUAGAAUGGGAAUGUCUGGCAACUACAGUGGAAGUGGAUUUGGCGGUGGUAGCGGAUAUGGAGGUGGUGGAUACGGUGGUGGCUAUGGUGGUGGAAGCGGUGGUGGAUCCUAUGGAGGUGCUGGCUAUGGAAGUGGAGGAGGUGGUGGCACUGUCGGCUAUGGAAACCCUGAUGGCUUAGGUGGUUAUGGGCGGUCUGGCGGAAGUUCCAGUGGAUAUUACGGCGGCUCAGCAAGUGAUGGCAUGGGAGGUGGAGGAUGGCGUGGUGGAAUGUAUUAACUUGACAUAAUUUGAGAACUAUAACUGAUGGCCCUUUGUUUAUUUUAUUGUAUUUUGUUUUGUAUUCGAAUUUUUAAAUUUUGGAGAAAUGCUAGGUUGUUUUAAGAGAUCUGUGUAAUUAGUUUGUAAUUUUUUUCAUUGUGCAGCUCUUAAUAAAUUUUUAUAUUGAACUGA